CUUUCAUUCUUCCGUUUUCUUACCGUUUUCGUUUCCGUUUCCGUUAAUUUUGGUUGCCGUUUUCAUUUUGCGUCCGCCUUUAACCCUCUCUCACCCCUCACAUUCGCAUUUAACCCGCGGUUCAGGAUCCCCAGUUCCAUAUGACCAUGUUCCAUUCUUCGACAUUGUCUCAUCUCUGUGGUUUAUGAUUAUAAUAGUACUGCCUUUCGAUUUAACGAUGGAUUUCUUCUCUGGUCUGUGAUUCAUUUUCUUUAAAGUAACUUACCAUGAUGUUAACCUUCGGUUAAAUUGUUCAUAUAUUCUUAACUCGCAAGUCUUAUUAACUUUGACUGAUGAAAACAAAUAUAUUCAUUUAUUUAUUACCUACAAUAUUUUAUUAUCCGGUAUUUCGAAAAGGGUAUACUAUAAGACUAUUGCGUUAGGGAGGUUACUAAAAUGCCGAGUGAUCCAAGUGGUCAAUGUUAGAAUUGUCGAAAAGAUGUCACAUACACAAGGUAUUGUACAUCUAGGUCGGAACUCAGAAUCAAGGUCUCUAGAACACAUUCGAAAUCGGAGCAAAAUCCAGAUAAAUUGUUGUAUACCUUACUUCUCUUUCGGCACUCGGCUCUGUCUUCGUUUCUCUACGUUCCAAUCAGGAAGUGAUAAAUAUUAGUGGAAUCGCUGGAGAUCGAAUGAGAUACUAUAAGAUAUCCAGAGAAAUUUACACAAAUCUGAGAAGUUUAUAGGUAUAUUUCAAGUAAAUUCAAGGGAGAUAGGCCAAAGAAAAUCUAGGAGAAGCAAGAGUCAUCAAUAAAUUCCUAGUGUUGAUAGAAAAUUACAAGGAGAAGCCACCAUGAGCAAAACACAGCGACAGGAGAGACAGGAGCGUGAGGAUCUUGAGCACCUGAAAUCCCUGCAUCUGCUGGACAAAACGCUGCCCAUUUCGGUGGCCUCCCCACCCGAGUUGCGAUCCCGCCGGCAGUUCAGUUUCAAUGGCCUGCGGUACGAGAUGAGUGGGUUGCCACCGCCGCCGCCGCCGCCGCUGCAGAUGCAGCUGUCGAGGCUCAGGGCGGGUGGAGGAGGAGGUGGCUCCCAGGAGAGAAUGCAAACUCAUGGCUCCAGCCACUCCAUUACUGCCAAGUCCCCAAUGGAGUCAGCUGGCGGUGAUCAUCAGGGUGGUGGUGGUGGUGGUAAUGUCCCACGACCGGAGCAAAAGGGAGUCCUGCCCAAGCGGGUGUCCAUGGGAGACAGAGCCCUGCUGAUGAACGGAGGCGUUCGGAUGCCUCGGCGAACCGAAGGAGACUCGCCCAAGGAGAAGCCAACAGCUGGCCAAUCAUCAUCCUCGAACUUUGGCAUCCAAACUGAGUGGCGGGAUAAGAAAGAGGAAAAGCAGGAGCGGGAUCACUUGAGGCGCGAAAGGAAGCACCGUCGCAGGCAGCAGUCAACGGAGCUGGAGAACAGAAAGUCCCACUCGGAUGAGACCUCCACAGGCCUGACCUCUCAGCAGAGCUGGAUGUUGGCCCAAUCCCUGCUGAAGGCCUACGGCAGCGGACUAGUUCAUCCGGCCGCCGGCGAGGGAGCCUCCUCCAAGAUGGACUACAUCACGCUCACGGGAUUGGUGCUCGGCUGUGUGGCCUCGCAUGCCCUCUUCUUCCUCUGCUGGUACUUCAGCUGGCUGAAAAGCCAGGCGGUGGGACUGCGGAAACGCUUCCUGGGCAAUGCCAAUCUGUGGGAGUUCUUCGACCUGGAGGACACCUCAAGGUACUCGGUGCAGACCAAACUGGUGCUGGCACCGCUGAUCCUCGUCUGCGGACUGCUCUAUUGUGUGGUCAACAUGCUGCAUCUGGUGGUGCAGGUGGUGCGGUCGGAUGUGCCGCGCGCAGUGGUUGUGUUUGUCCAGCGGGUGGCGAACAGUGGUCUGCUGGGCACCAUCACCAUGGGACUGGCCGGCGGAGGAGGAGGAGCGGUGCGCGGGGGACGCCACAAGCAGGCGAUCCGAUAAUUCCGGUCCAUUUAUCGCCAAGGAUUGCUCGAGGAACAACCCCAUUCGAUUCCACAUCCCUUCAUUGUAGUUAAACCUGGCCAAUCAUAAUGCCUUGGUGGUCUGUUUAUUAAUAAAUGAAAAAUGACUACAAACUUGGUUGUGAUUCAUACAUUUUUAACCGUGGGUUAAAUUUUGGUUUAAUAUUUCUUAAUUGAUUACAUAUUUUAGGGUACAAUUAAACUGUUUAACUACUUGUAUCUAUUACUAAACUCAUUGAUUUAAAAAUUCUUGUUGCAAGGCCAUAUUGACUUAACUGCAAGUUAGUUAACCGGUACAGUUUGCAAGCAUUUGUGUGUCCUCUGUUACUAAACGAUCUUGACAUCCAGCUGUGGUUUAACCCUUGUUCUAAGGCCAUAAUCUCUCACUCACAUCAGAUCGGCUCAGAACACCCACAAUAUCUCUGUCUCUCGCUCAUCGAUCGCUAUGUAUUUUUCUAACCGUCAGUUAACCGGGCUGUUAACUUAGCAGCAGCUUUUCUGCUCGCUCUCAGCAUGCUUUUAACAACUACUUGCGAUUGUUUUGGAUUAAUUGGAUUGAUUAUUAAUUCCCGAUUUG